AUGAGGAAAAAGUUUUCAGCUGUUCCUAGCCUUGCUAAUCGGCGGUUCGCUUUGAUCUCCCUUAGCUUGGCACGACUCUUCACUCCUUCGCUCUCUCUCUCGGUCUGUCUCUCUCUCUCUUGGUCUGUCUCUCUCUCUCUCGGUCUGUCUCUCUCUCGGUCUGUCUCUCUCUCUCUCGGUCUGUCUCUCUCUCUCUUGGUCUGUCUCUCUCUCUCUCUCGGUCUGUCUCUCUCUCGGUGGUCCUGCAUGCUGCGCCACACAGCGUUUGGCAUCACAUUUGUUCUCUGUAUCUCCUGUGUUCUUGGCAAAACUAUAGUGGUUCUAAUGGCCUUUAAAGCUACACUUCCUGGUAGUAAUGCUAUGAAAUGGUUUGGUCCAACACAACAAAGAAUGACUGUAGUAUCUUUUACAUUUAUUCAAGUUGUAAUAUGCAUCAUCUGGUUGGUUGUGAGUCCUCCCUUCCCAGUGAAAAAUCUGACCACCUACAAGGAGAAGAUCAUCCUGGAAUGUGCUUUAGGCUCUGCUGUUGGUUUCUGGGCUGUGCUCGGCUACAUCGGCCUGCUGGCUGUGUUUUGCUUUGUGUUAGCUGUUCUAGCUCGGAAACUACCUGAUAAUUUCAACGAAGCCAAGAUGAUAACCUUCAGCAUGUUGAUAUUCUGUGCCGUCUGGAUCACCUUCAUCCCAGCUUAUGUCAGCUCUCCUGGAAAAUUUACUGUGGCUGUGGAGAUAUUUGCUAUUCUGGCCUCCAGUUUUGGACUCAUACUGUGUAUAUUUGCUCCAAAGUGUUUCAUCAUUUUGUUUCAGCCAGAGAAAAACACCAAGAAACAUUUAAUGAACAAAAAUUGAUAUGUCAUUGUCAAUGAUUUGGACACAAUUUUGUGUCUUUUCUAAUGGAAAAUCCAAUCGCCUCAGGCUGAUUACUUCUUUGACCUUUUUGAAUAUUUGCUAUUAAUACUAAUUAUUACGGCUCCUCUUUUUCAGAUUGCACUUAAUCUUUAAAGAUCUUAAUUUCUGUGACUUAGUGAAAUACUUUCUAUCUGCUUAAAAUAAAAUGCUACACUCCAGAAACUCAGAUGUUUUCUGCAUAUUUGUUUGCUGAUACCUUUUCUAUGAUACUCCUGGGGAUAACAUCACAGACACUGGUGUAAAAUAGAAAUUGUUUUGUGCCCUUUCACACCUUUACAGACACAUGGUUAAUACCUUAACUCUGCAUGUGCUUUUUGGAUUUUCUAUGUUUUGACA